AUGUUGUCAGCCACACCUCUCAUUGCUAAGUCUUACAGGCAGAUUGCUAACAAGACUCACCGCAGGGAGGCCGACGAGAACAACCAACAAGCCUGGGCGUCGGAAUAUCGUGGCAAGAUAAAUGAAUACCAUGGCACUAUCGACUCGUUCAUCAACGUUCUCGUACCUGCGAGCGAAGCAGUGUGCCCUCCGAUGGACUGCUCUAGGCAAUUCGACGAGGUUCUUGAAGACUGCCACGAGCCGUUGAUGUAUAACCCCCUAGUCAAUGGGUUCCUCGCUCUCACCAAGGAUUUCCCAAUGGCAAAGUCACUUAGGUUCCAUGACAACAGCACCCACCUGAUCCCGUUCCCGUACAUGUCGUGGGACCUUCAUCAUCACCGCACGAAACCCGACCUGAUCACCUCCUACCCGGGAACGACCACCUCCCUGAAGGACCCUCGUUGGCAAGAUGUUGUGCUGGCGAUCGAAGUCAAGCCUAAAAGAGACGAUGAUCCCAUUGGCGCGUGGCCCAAGGAUCGAGACAACACGAUGAGGCAGCUUGUCAAGAAUGGGCGGAAUCUCCUGGUGGGCCACAGUGGCCUGUUUGCGUUCGUGUUCGGAAUAUUCGGCCACGAGGCACGCAUCUUUCGGUUCGACCACUCGUCGUGUAUUGUCUCACCUAGGUUCAACUACGUCGAGCGGCCUGAGCUCUUCCGGCAAUUCUUCUGGAAUUUCGUCAAUCCUCACUGCGGCACGAGGAUUUCUGGCGACGACCCGACAGUAGAUACUAGGACCACAAGGUCACACCUCCGAUGGGUGAAGGACGUACUGGAGCCAGAGGAUGUUCAAGGCUCCGAUACCGGCAUGCACCGGUGGAUUUCCGCAGACGCCGUGACCAAGGAAGGUGUGACGGUGAAGAUGAAUUUACUAACGGUCAAGCUGCUCUUUAUCAAUCCUUGUCUGUUCUCCCGCUCGACGACGGUAUGGUCAGCGAUCGAUAAGGAUGAUAUCAAUGGCAAGCAGUACGUUAUCAAGGACUCGUGGCGGCAGGGACUCCGAGAGUCAGAAAUGACAUACUAUUCCCAUAUAAUGAAGACGUUGCGGGAUCGAAACGAGGAACCGUUCGGACUGGCUGUAUUAAAGGCAGGAGCGGACCUCGGUGACCUGGAAGAUAAGGAACGAAUGAAGCUAGAUGAUCAAAUCCGCGAACCCCUCGUGCCCGGGAAUGCGCCGUCUGAUCUUCCCGAUCCGUCGAGCACGCCCUUCAUCCAUCUCGAUGGCGAAGGGAACGUCUAUAUGAUUGAUGACAUGUCGUAUAAGGGAUUCAUCGGCGACUUCGACUAUAGCAGUUUCCUGCCAGGUGUCCGUGACGGACAUGAUGACCCCACUAGACCCGAUGCCGAUCCGAAUGACUCUCUGAAGGAACGAACGGGAACGUACGCUUUCAUGGCCGUUGAGCUACUGGAGGAGAGGCGUGUCAUUCAUGAUGCACAUCAUGACUUGGAGUCCUUCUAUUGGCUCCUCAUCUGGCUAGUCCUCCGGCACACUUCGCACGACGAUCCGAAAGGCGCGAAAAGAUGUUCGCUGCUGUUUUUCCACGAUGAUGACGUCCUCUGUGGAGAGGUGAAGCGUGCGUGGCUGGGAAAAAGGAAGCACGUCGCUGUUCCCGGAAAUGCACCUUUGACGUGGCUGGUGGACCAGCUCACGAAGUUGUGCAACAUCAGUCAGGCAACGUCCGUGCCGCUCACUUACGAGGCUGUAUUGGAGAAGUUCGAGACGGUCCUGAAGAUGGACGGCUGGCCAGAAGCGGAUUGUGCGAUUCCGUUCAAGCCCUACGUGGAGACCGAAAAGGUUGGCCAUGCCGACCCCGCGAAUGCAGCAAUCGCUGCGGCGAAUCAGACGGGCGCAAGCACGAAAGCACGAAGUCGGAAAGCCUCUAUCGACAUUCAGGCCACGGCGUUGAACAAGAGCUCGAAACGAAAGUACGAGCCAGAGCCGCAAGUGGUUCAACACGGCGGUGCUGAACUUCGGAGAUCCAAGCGUGCGAGAUCCGAGCGUGUCAUGUCGCUCCGUCUUCCACAAAACUGGCGGGAGCAAGAUGAUCAAAUCCGCGAACCCCGGAAUCUGUCGAGCACGCUGCUUGGCACGCUUCGCGGGCUAAUCAGAAAACGUGCUCUUCGUCACCGCGUCGGACACAAACAAUAUCAAACAUUGAUGGCACCAGACGAGCAAAAUCAUCUGUUUACUGUAAACCAGUUGUAUCUCCACCUCCUCCCGCUUUCUUUGACUGCACCAGGAUGCGCACCGAACCCUGUUGCCAUUUAUUUCCGUCGGACGAAACGGAUGGUCGAGGCGUUGUGCGAUGCGAUCAAAGGUCACCAACAGGCGUACAGCACCGGCAUGUUACAUGGUGGUGUAAGUGAAGGAAAUGUCUAUAUGAUUGAUGGGAAGCCGUACAAAGGAUUCAUCAGCGACUUCGACUGCAGUAGUUUCAUGCCGGGCGUCCUGGGCGCCUACGAUGUCUCGACGAGACCCGAUGCGGAUGAGAACAAUGGUUUGAAAGAACGAACGGGAACGUUCGCUUUCAUGGCCAUCGAGCCGAUCAAGAAAAGGGUUGUCAUUCACGGCGCACAUCAUGACUUGGAAUCCUUUUACUGGCUCCUCAUCUGGCUAGUCCUCCGACACACUGCACACGACAGUCCAAAAGGCGCGAGACAGUGUUCACUGUUGUUCUUUCAUGACGACGACUGGGUUUGUGCCUCCCAAAAGGCAGGGUGGCUGGGUGACCCCACGUGUCUUGGCGUUCCAGGAAAUGCACCUUUGACAUGGCUUCUGGGGGAGCUCACCAAAUUGUGCUACCGUGGUCAGUCGACGUUGGAGAGACCGGCUGUGUUGCUCACAUACGAUGCUGUGUUGGAGAAGUUCGAGACUGCUCUGAGUAUGGAUGGCUGGCCAGAGGACGAUCAUGCGAUUCCGUUCAAGCGCUACGUGGAGACUGAAGAGGUUGGCCAUGCCGACCCCGCGAAUGCAGCAAUCGCUGCGGCGAUUGCUGCGGCGAAUCAGGCGGGCGAAAGCACGAAAGCACGAAGUCGGAAGGCCUCUAUCAAAAUUCAGGCCACGGCAUUGAACAAGAGCUCGAAACGAAAGUACGAGCCAGAGCCGCAAGAGGUUGAACAGGGGGUUGAACAGGGCGGUGCUGAACUUCGGAGGUCCAAGCGUGCGAGAUCCAAGCGUGUCAUGUCGCGGUCCGCGCGCGCGCAAGGCCACUCAUGA